GCAGAAGAGUUCUGAGAUAUUUAAUUUAGUUUUAAAUUUUUGAGUCUACGGCAAUCUUAUCGCUUGUAGUUCACUAAGGUAAAUACCGAACAAUGAUCCUGACCAAAAUAUGUUUCUGUGCUCUUCUGUUUCUCUUCGGUUCGAACCACGAAGCUUGCGCUCAAUUCAAUACCAAUUAUGUAUUGGGACGUACAACAAUGGUUCAUCUGUUCGAGUGGAAGUGGAACGAUAUAGCUACCGAGUGUGAGAAUUUUCUUGGUCCUAAAGGUUAUGCUGGUGUUCAAGUUUCUCCCGUAAAUGAGAAUAUCGUUGUUGAAAAUCGGCCAUGGUGGGAACGUUAUCAACCCAUUUCCUAUCUUUUGACCACUCGUUCGGGCAAUGAGCAACAGUUUGCCAAUAUGGUGAUGAGAUGUAACAACGCCGGAGUUCGUAUCUAUGUGGAUGCGGUGUUCAACCAUAUGGCUGCCGAUCGCUCCAAUCCUCUUGGAACUGCUGGCUCAACAGCUAAUCCUAGAAACAAGAGUUAUCCAGCGGUUCCGUACUCCAGCACUGAUUUCCAUGCUACCUGUGCGAUCAACACAUACAAUGAUGCUAAUCAAGUUCGCAACUGCGAAUUGGUUGGUCUAAAAGAUCUGGAUCAAAGUAAAAUGUGGGUACAAGCUCGUAUUCUUGACUUUCUCAACAAACUAAUCAAUUUGGGCGUUGCUGGUUUCCGAGUUGAUGCUGCUAAUAUGUGGCCUUCUGAUUUAAAGAAUAUCUACAAUCGUUUGAAUAAUCUGAAUACAGAACACGGUUUCGCUGGUGGUUCCCGUCCAUUUAUUUACCAAGAGGUCAUUGAUUUGGGUGGCGAAGCUAUCUCCAAAAACGAAUAUACUGACUUGGGUGUGGUCACCGAAUUCCUUCAUUCCGCCUCUACUGGCAAGGUAUUCAGGGGUAGAGACCAACUUCGUUGGUAAACCAAUUGGAGUCCGAAAUGGGGUCUCCUUCCAUCGACUAGUGCUUUUGUUUUUGUGGAUAAUCACGAUAAUCAACGUGGACAUGGUGCCGGAGGUAGUGAUAUUCUCACCUACAAAAAUUCGAAACAAUACAAAAUGGCUAAUGCUUUCAUGUUGGCUCAUCCAUUUGGUAUUCCUCGUAUUAUGUCUUCGUUUGCAUUCGACAACUCCGAUCAAGGUCCGCCAACAACCGAUGGUAACAACAUUGCCAGUCCCAUAUUUAAUGCUGAUAAUUCCUGCAGUGGUGGCUGGAUAUGUGAGCAUCGUUGGCGUCAAAUUUACAACAUGGUUGGCUUCCGAAACAUUGCAUCGAGUACUACUGUACAGAACUGGUGGGACAAUGGCAG